GACCCGUCGUUGGCCGUGCGUGUAUGUAUUGGGUAUUGUAUUCGCCCGAUCCGUCGUCGUAGCCGGUUGAUUACGGAACGUUCGGUAUUUGUUUGUGUAUGUGUGGCUUAUACGGAAAAUUGUGCGACGUGUAGAAGGUUUGUCAGUGUUUUUUUUUGUUGUUCCUUGUCGUCCCUCGUUUGAUAACGUGAGAGUUACAGUUGAAAUUUCUCGAGGGUGCGGUUUGUGUGUGUCCGGUGUUAUUCGUUCCGCAUACCCUUUUUAAUCCGCCAACGCGUUUAUUCGAAAACAAAAAUCAUCAUGACCACCUUACAGCAAGGGUCGUUGUUAGACGUUUUAAAGAAAAAAAUGCGUCAGACCAAAGAAGAGAUGGAAAGGUAUAAGGAGGAGUGCGAGGAUUUUCAUAAAAAGCUACAAAUGGAGGUCAUGAGGCGAGAAGAAGCUGAAAGUGAAGUAGCUGCUCUUAAUAGACGUAUUCAAUUACUUGAAGAAGACUUAGAAAGGUCUGAAGAGCGCUUGGCUACUGCUACUGCUAAGUUAGCAGAAGCAUCACAAGCUGCUGAUGAAUCUGAACGGAUUCGUAAAGCUUUGGAAAAUCGAACAAAUAUGGAAGAUGAUCGAGUAGCUAUACUUGAAGCUCAAUUGGCUCAAGCCAAACUCAUUGCUGAAGAAGCUGACAAGAAGUAUGAGGAGGUAGCGCGUAAACUGGCCAUGGUUGAAGCUGAUUUGGAAAGAGCUGAAGAGCGUGCUGAAUCUGGUGAAUCAAAAAUUGUGGAAUUGGAAGAAGAAUUACGUGUUGUAGGUAACAACUUAAAAUCGUUGGAAGUUUCUGAGGAAAAGGCUAACCAACGUGAAGAAGAGUAUAAGAACCAAAUUAAGACUUUAACAAAUCGUUUGAAAGAGGCUGAAGCUAGAGCAGAAUUUGCUGAAAGAUCUGUGCAGAAAUUGCAGAAAGAAGUUGAUAGGCUUGAAGAUGAUCUUACUGGGGAAAAAGAAAAGAACAAGCAUUUACAAGAAGAAAUGGAAGCCACCUUGCACGACAUCCAAAACAUAUGAACUGGUUGCUGAAAAAGAAAGAUACAGAGAUAUUGGUGACAGCUUGGAUCUUGCGUUUGUUGAUUUGUAUGGCAUCUAAACACCAAUACUACACAUUUACACAUAACCUACACUAUCCUGUACACAAACGUAUAGUUCCCAUCUGUCUGCCUGUUUUUCCAAUUACACUCCCUUUCUACAUUCCCUUACAUAUAAAUAAAAUUAAAAAUACAAUACAGUCUACUAACAUCAUCCACAAAAUGAUUUCAACUCAAUAUUUUCUGUAGUUUGAUAACAUAUAUCUAUUUUGUGCAUUGUAUAAGCUUACAAUUUAUGUUUUUAUUAUAGCUUUGUUUUUACGCUUGUAGACAAGUUAAAUAGUUAAGUAACCUUUGUUACUUUAAAAUAUACAGUUAAUAAAUUUUAAACACUAAUAGUUUCAAAUUAUUUACCAUGUAAAAUUUUUUUAAUUGUACUAAAAUUAUUUAUUUAUAUAUUUUUGAUACUUGUCUGUUUGAAUAUAACAUAUUUAUACAGAAUA